ACGCCGGCAGGCCAAUUGGAGAGCCAAGUCUUGGCCAAGUCUUUAUAAGUAGGAGCCAUCCGCGUCCUCAGGACUUACUCCCUCUCGGGAACGUGCCACGAUCGGCAACCGAUUUUCAGAAUAGUUUACCACAGAAAAGUUUUACAACUCACGCGCCACGCGAGUUCCCGAGGACCACGAGGAUCCAGCCGGGCCCCAGGAAACGGAAGAAUUCGCGAGAUGACGAACGCGGACGACUGACAGACCACGGAACUUGUUUGCCGAAUGCAUCGAAAUAUAAAGUUGGAUACACAAGAUGUGGAAAGUUCGAUUGAUUUUGAACGUCCUUGCAACGCUAAUCGUGACAAGACCGACAGAAGCUGAUUAUUACGGAUAUAGCCAUCGUCAAUACAGACAGAGCAGUGCUCCCUUUAAAUGUAUAGAAGAGGGUUACCAUCCCGAUCCGCAUGACUGCAGAAUUUACUACAGAUGCGUAGAUUGGGGCAACGGCAGCCCAUUGAUGACCUUCAAAUUUGAAUGUGGAGUAGGCACGGUGUUUUCCAAAAAUAAGGGAGACGUUUGUACGCAUCCAGAAGAAAGCGGUCGGCCUGAAUGUGGCAGCUCCGAGAAUGAACUCGAUUCGAACGUGCAAGAUCCUCCUUCGCCCAUAUGGACAACGGUCAGACCAACCAUACAGUCGCAACCGACCAUGAUGCAAUAUCCAACAACGACUGGAUUGUCUACAAUAACGACUGAAGCAGCUACAACAAUUAAAAAACCAGAAACAACAUUACAACCACCGUUAGCAAGUGGACCUGAUCAACCGGAGAAUAAUAUUAUUAAUUGUCGAAAUGAACCUCAAUGUACGCAAGAAGGAUUUUUAGCUGAUACUUGCGAUUGCAAAAAAUUCUAUAGAUGCGUAAACGAAGGAUAUGGACAGUUUAGGAAGUAUGACUUUAAGUGUGGCGUAGGAACUGUUUGGGAUCCAGAUAAUCAAGCGUGUAAUCACGCUUGGGCUGUUACAAGGAAGAACUGCAGGCAGAACUUGGAAGGUGGAGACGGUGUUGAUAAUAGUGGACAAUGGAAUGGGGAUAAUAGUGGGCAAUGGAACGGAGAUAAUAGUGGACAAUGGAAUGGUGAUACUGGUAGUCCAGGCGAACCAGGACAACCUGGAGAUCCAAAUGGCCAACCAGGACAACCUGGAGAUCCAAAUGGCCAACCAGGACAACCUGGAGAUCCAAAUGGUCAACCAGGACAACCGGGUCAGCCGGGAGAUCCAAAUGGCCAACCAGGACAACCGGGUCAACCGGGAGAUCCAAAUGGCCAACCAGGAACAGCAGGUUCUCCGGGCACUCCAGGUUCUCCGGGAUAUCCAGGAACGCCAGGUUCUCCGGGCACUCCAGGUUCUCCGGGAUAUCCAGGAGCACCAGGUUCUCCAGACACUCCAGGAACACCAGGUAGUCCAGGCUCUCCGGGAUAUCCGGGGAGACCAGGUUCUCCAGGCACUCCAGGAACACCAGGUAGUCCAAGCUCUCCGGGAUAUCCGGGAAGACCAGGUACUCCAGGCACUCCAGGAACACCAGGUUCUUCAGGAACGCCAGGUUCUCCGGGUAGUCCAAGCUCUCCGGGAUAUCCAGGGAGACCAGGUUAUCCAGGCACUCCAGGAACACCAGGUAGUCCAAGCUCUCCGGGGAGACCUAGUUCUCCGGGCACUCCCGGUGCACCUGGUAGUUCAAGCUCUCCAGGAUAUCCAGGAACACCAGGUUCUUCAGGCACUCCAGGUUCACCGGGUUCUCCAGGAACACCAGGUUCUCCGGGCACUCCUGGUUCUUCAGGAUAUCCAGGAUAUCCGGGUUCUCCAGGCACUCCAGGAACACCAGGUUCUUCAGGCACUCCAACUUCACCGAGUAGUCCUGGUUUCCCUGGACACCCAGGAACACCAGGCUCUCCAGGGACUCCAGGAGCACCAGGCUCUUCAGGAACUCCAGGAGCGCCAGGUUCUCCAGGCACUCCAGGUUCACCGGGUAGUCCUGGCUCUCCGGGAUAUCCAGGAACACCAGGCUCUCCAGGCACUCCAGGUUCACCAGGUAGUCCAGGCUCUCCGGAUAUCCAGGAACGCCAGGUUCUCCAGGAACACCAGGCUCUCCAGGAUAUCCAGGAGCACCAAGUUCUCCAGGAACACCAGGUUCUCCAGGCACUCCAGGUUCACCUGGAAGCCCUGGCUCUCCGGGAUAUCCAGGAACACCAAGCUCUUCAGGAACUCCAGGAACACGGUUCUCCAGGUACUCCAGGUUCUCCGGGCACUCCUGGUUCUUCAGGAUAUCCGGGAUAUCCGGGUGCUCCUGGAACUCCAGACUCGUCAUCUUCCUCUGGAAAUCAACCAUCGACAGGUCUUUGUACAGCAGAAGGCUUUUUCGCUGAUCCACAAGAUUGUCGCAAGUUUUAUCGGUGUGUCGAUGAUGGCAUGUCAUCCUUCACGAAAUACCACUUUCAAUGUGGUGUUGGAACUGUCUGGGAUUCGUCCAUUCAAAGUUGUAAUCAUGCUUAUGCUGUACCAUAUUGCAAUCAAGCAAGUCCUGCAACUACAGACGAGCCCGACACAUCGCUGAAUGAAGUAGAUAGUACCAAUGGGCCAGAUACAAGCAAACUACCAUCGCAAUCUUCUGAAAGACCCUUCCCACCGACAUCUUUAAAACCAGAGAUACAACCUUCGACUCAAGCUGUUAGCACUAUGAGCAACCCUGCUGCACCAUCUCAAACAACGUCGACUUCUUAUUUACCACCCAGUAGUACAUACUCACCUUCAACAGUGCAAGUUACUGAAUCCGUUUCUUAUGCUCCUCCUGCAACACAAAUGACUACUACGUCUACAUCUUACUUGCCACCCUCAACUACAACUAGUGUAAUAUCUGGAUCUACAUCUGAGUCUGUUUCAUAUUUGCCACCCGAGACUAGUACAAAGUCUACAACUACUUCGCCAAGUUUUGUAUCACCUACUGCCUCUUCGCCUCAGACUGGAAAAUCUGAGUGUACUGAAGAAGGUUUCUUCCCGGAUCGUGAUAGCUGCAAAAAAUUCUAUCGCUGUGUGCAAGGUCAAAAUGGUUAUCAAAAGUACGAAUUUGAGUGCGGUCCUGGUACAGCAUGGGAUCAAUCAAUACAGACGUGUAAUCAUAUAGAGAAGGUAACUUCAUGUUCAACAGUCAGCAAUGAAGUCGAUCAAGGCCAUGGUCCCGAUACAUCCGAUUCUACAUCUCAACUUCCCGCCAUGAGUAGUUCUACAACUACUUCUAGUCAAACCAUUGCGACCACUUCAUCAUCCCCAGUUCCAAUUUCUACCGAAAGUGUUACAACCGCCAGUACAGCUCCAAGUGAAAUGUCUACCGAAUCAGCUACAUCAGAGGUAGAUAAAACAGAGUCAUCGACAACAACUACUAUCACACCUAUUAGUACUAGCAAAAGUCCUACUUCAAAAAAACCAGAAGAGAUUCAAAUGCCUGGAAGCUCCAGUACAGAAAGUUCGCCCGAAUCCUCGUCUGAAUCCUCGUCUACUUCUGAAUCAUCUACUACUGAGUCACACGGACCAGAUUGUGCGACAAAAAAACCGAGUAGUGCAAUAAUAUGCAACGACGAAGGGUUUUAUCCGAAUCCAACUAGAUGUGACAAAUUCUAUCGCUGCGUUAAUAAUGGAAAUGGCUUCAACGUAUAUCACUUUGACUGCCCACCAGGCACUAUUUUUGAUUCUAGCAUCAAUGUAUGUAAUUAUCCCGAAUCUGUUUAUCCCGCGAGAGAUUGUACGACUGGAAAUAUUACUUCAAGCAACGUGGAAUCUACAACUCAAUCCGGAACACCUGAGCAAUCGACAUCAGUGGAAACUACGACCGUAAGCACAGCUCAGCAAACAGAAGAAAGCACGACCGCAUCCACAGAGCUUGGUACGACGACUUCAUCCAUGGAGACUACUUCAGAAGAAAGCGCCACUGCUUCCGGUACAGAAUCAACGACAUCAAAUAUGCCAGAGAGUACCGAAAGUAUGACAGAGUCUACGACCACCACAGAAGCCGCUAUCGAUUCUAGCACCUCUGAACAGACUAGCGAAGCCACAACCGAAGCUACUGCUUCCACAGAGUCCGGAAUGCCUACGACCGAGUCUCAAGAACAGUCUACAACAGAAUCUCAGGAACAAUCAACGACUGAAUCCCAGGAACAAUCAACGACUGAAUCCCAGGAACAAUCAACAACUGAAUCUCAAGAACACUCGACGACUGAAUCACAAGAGCAAUCAACAGAGUCAAAAGAACCAUCCAGUACCGAAGCUCAAGAGCAUUCAACGACCGAAUCGCAGGAACAGUCAACGACAGAAUCGCAGGAACAGUCUACGACAGAAUCUCAGGAACAAACGACGACUGAGUUAUCGGAGCCGACACCAGCAGAACCAGGAGCGGCGCCUUGCACUAUAGGCAAUUUGACCGACGAGCAAGUCACUCUAGUUUGUCCCUCUGGUUUCCGAAGGCAUCCGAAAUAUUGCAAUCUAUUCUAUCAGUGUACUUCCGAGGGCAACAUGGAAAUCAAGAUCCUCGUAUUGAGUUGUCCCGAGAAUACAAUCUUUGAUGAGAAAAAGAUUCAAUGUCUACCCGCAAGUAAAAGUAGUCAGCCAUGUAUGGGCACUAGAGCAAGCGCCAGAUUUUACAGAAGAUUGGAAGGCCAUGCGUCAUCACCUGUAAAGGUAUCGUCGAAUCAGCUUUGUCCGGAAGAGGGACAUUUUCCUUAUCGGCAAGGUUGCAGCAAUACCUUCUACAAGUGUAAACGCGAUACCCGAAACAGUUUACAGGGAUACCUAUAUAAAUGUCCCGAGGACUUCGUUUAUUGGUCGGUCUCCAGAAGAUGCGAACGAGUGACACGUCUUCCCAUGUGUUCGCGUUCGUCGUACAGGAACAAAAUCGAUUGGAAUAAUCGAUGGCAAGUGCCAACCGAAGAUUUUAAUCUUUCCGCUAGAAUGUUACGCUUCUCUUGAUUGCUUGAUGACACCGCCUAUUUUUAAGCUCUUAAUGAGUUGUAAAUUUGCCAUAAAUGUUUCACCUGUGCCUUUGGAUUAAUUACUAUCUUUGAUGGAGAUUUGAAAUACUCGUAAUUGAACAUUGUAAGAGAAUUGGAGCAAAAUUAUUAGCAAAUUAAUGACUUUGGAUUAUGAAAGAUAGAUAUGUUGGAAUAAUUGGAUAUUUAUAUUAAUACCAUUAAUAUCUACAACAUUUGUUUAUAUUGUACGAUUAUGAAGCAUUUCUAAAGUAUUAUUCUAACAGUACUGUACCCUUUGCUUAUUUUAGUGCGAGAAAUUAUUUUUGUUAGUGCAAUAUUAUUCAAUUUACAGUACUUCGUGAAACAUUUAGCAACACGGCUACGGAAGAUCUCGAUUAAAACGUUUAAUAAUAGAUCUUCGAUAGUCGUCUUGCAUUAAUUAUUGUCAAACUGCCAUUAUGCAAUUUUUAGUCAACAUUAGUUAUGAUAGUGAGUCUGUUAAUAAUUAUUGACGAAUGUAAGUAUAACUUUGCGAUAAAUCGAGUAACAGGAACAAAUUUUUCUUAGAGUUGGAGAUUAUUUAUAGUUUUGCCGUGUAAUUCGAUUAGAUUAUCAUUAGCUUCCGUUAUCAUAAAAUACACGAAACACACAUAUGUGAAAGAAAAUGUAUAAAAGUAAAUAAUGUCCAAUUUUCAUAGAAUUAUUGUUCGACGUCUUCUUUUAAUUAUUAGUAUCUGGGGAUGGUUGCGGGACUUGUAUGCAAUAUUCUGACUGUAUAACGCGAUAUUUCGUAUAUUUAUUAACUUGCAUAGAAAAUAUUCAUGAAAGACGGAUCGUCAUGAAAAUAUCAUAAAGAAAUGUAGAAACUUGCUAAAUGACAGCUAAUUUUUCUUAGGAUACAUUAGAAAUGUUCACGCGCAAUGUACAUGCGUUUUGUACAUACCUUGACAAAUAGCUCCUCGUGAGAAACCAAUAUUUUCUCACAGAUUUUAAUGCAUUUAUCAUGAUAUUUAUGGCGUAUAAAUAAAUUAGGAUAAUUAAUACUUGUUCAUUUAAUUCUACGCUUUCGUUCGCGUGUUCACAUCUGAUCUCUGAAAUUUGUAUUAAUAAAUAGCGCGAAGGGGGAAUCAAUAAUA